UGGUAAAAUAAUCUUAACUAUACUCACUAAUAUAUCUAAUGUCAUUAUGAAUGUAUUCAUUCCUACAAGAGGAAACGGAUCAUUUAAAAUAAUUUAUAAAAUAAUAAAAACAUUAAGUCGAUUGUUUUUUAUUUUAUUUGCCAUCCAUGUGCUCAUCUACUUCACGGUUGAAUGGCGUACAAAGCUGAAUACUUCUGGAGUGAGCAACCCGAAUAAAGGACUGGAGAAACAUGUAUCAAUUCGGUCUGUAGAUGCGGCAAUUCAAGGAGAAGAACUUCCCAACAUUCCAAAGAUUCCAGUCGCCUUCAAACACAGACAACCAUUAUCUCAAAGUCGUCGUCCGCUCGCAAAUGCAAGUUACGAAUUGAAGCACAACAAGAUGCCACUUGUUAUAUACAACCGUGUUCCAAAAUGUGGAAGUACAACCAUUGUUUGGUUAAUAAAAGCACUCGGGUCUAGAUUAGGUUUCAGAACGAUAUCUCACAAUUGGCCGCAUGUACAGCAAAUAUUGACCGAGGAUGAACAGAGAAAUUUGGUUGAAAACGUUACAACUACGGCAAAUGGUGCUGCUUCUAUAUUUAUCCGUCAUUUACAUUUCGUUGAUUUUGAAAAAUUUUCAUCAUCAGUUAAGCCAAUUUAUAUCAACGUUAUAAGAAAUCCAAUAGAACGAUUUAUAUCUCAUUACUAUUACAUGAGAUUUGGUUUUGGUAAUGGCAACAGUAAAGCAUGGAUGAAAAACAUGUCGAAUGCUACAAGGUUUGAGAAAUUAGAAGAAUGCGUCGCAAAAAGUGCUGAGAAAUGCGUUCAGCGAGAAAGUUCAACAACAUUGGCAUUCUUCUGUGGACAAGGACCGAAGUGCAGGACUCGCAGUCCAUGGGCACUUCAAAAAGCAAAAGAAAAUGUUGUUAAAUAUUAUACUGUGGUAGGUAUAGUUGAAGAUUUUCCAAACACUCUACGCUUGCUAGAAUACACGUUACCAAGAUACUUCAGGCGAGGAUCGGAAAUUUACAAACGUGCAAAAGGAAUUAUCAACAAGUCCAAAACGAGUAAAAAAGUUUCACCACGACUGGAGACAAAACUCAAACUUGGAGAAGCUUUACGUUAUGAAAUGGAUUUUUACCAAUUUGUUAAAAAACGAUUUUAUGACCAACUAAAUGAUUUGAAUUUAAAACGUAAUUUAUUUUAAAAAUUAUUAAAGUACCGUAUUUCUCCGCGUAUAAUACGCACUUUCACGGCCAAAUUCAGUCUCGCAAACAUGGGGGUGCGUAUUAUACAUUGGUCUAGAAAAUAUCAAAAAAAUAUUAUUGCUCAUUUUAUGCUUUAAACUUUUUCUAUCGUUUCGCAAGUCGGCGGAACUUUAUCGUAAUAAAUCACCCUAUGAGUGACCUACCGCUUCUCUUUGGAGUGCGGUGUAAACACGUUCUGAUAUGG